AGCAUCUCCUUUACUUUCUCGGAGACUCCAGAGUCUACGACAACAGUACUCUCCGAAACAAACUCGAAACAACACCACACCGAUCGAUUGUCAGAGAAGGGCAAUGGCGAAUGAAAAAUCGGUUAUGGCAGUUAUUAGGGCUGCGAGGCCCACUUUUAGGAACAAUUACGACAAGAUUGUUUUUGCGGUCCACGCGUCCUUUCUCUCUUCGGGGUACGUGCUCACGGCUUCUGGACCCUCCGCGUUCUCCGAUGACACACUCUCGUCUCCCUCCACCGAUGAGGUAGGAAUUGAUCACUGGAAUGAACUCAACGAUGAGUAUGCUUUCGUGUAUGUAAACCCCGAGACUUCGAAGAAGGUUCUCGUUAAGUGUCUUGUUAUGAACGGUAAAUUGCUUGUUGAUGCUUUGGCUGCCGGUGCACCGGAGCAUGUCCAUCUCGAAAUUGAUGCUGAUAAGUAUGUUGCCGACAAUGGAGGCACCAACUAUUCUGAGCAUUAUAAGAGUUUGGAGAAUCUGGUGAAGUGCCUGAAUUCGCAGAUUUUGUCUAAAUUGGACCCAUCGUUAAAGCCCACCUCAUCAAGUAAUCCUACAAGGUCAGAACCACCCAAUCAAGAAUCAAGGCGUAGUGUAAAUGAACCUGGCUUUGGAUUUGUGGAACCAAGUGGCCGUCAUAUCCAUCCGUCAGGAGUUGUAGUACCUCCUGUAUAUCCUCCAGGUGGUGAUACUGAUCGUUUUCCAAUAGUUGGUGGAGAUAGGGAUCUUUAUCCGGGGCUUGGUGCUGGAAUAUAUCCUCGGGGUGAUUUUGGAACCAGUGGGGGCAUGCUUCUAGGACCUAAUGAUCCUUGGUGGUUUGGUGGAAGUGAUGGAAGACCCGGUUUCCUUGGAGGACAACCGGGCGUUCCUCCGGGUGCUCGUUUUGAUCCCUAUGGUCCACCUGAUGUUCCUGGUUUUGAGCCUAAUCGAUUUGUCAGAUUGAGGAGAUGCUAAGUCCAUCUGUCAUAUAUCUUUUUCUAAUGCAAAAGAAUGAUUAUUGGAAAAGGCGCCAAGCUGGUCCAUCCCAUAAUGUUAAGAACUGAGCUUAGCAUCUAGUUCCCCUCUUCCAGUCUUUGUUCUGGGUUACACUAGGUUGUGUUGUGAAAACAUCUAGAUAAAAGAACUUGUGGUUGAAGUGCAUUGUGGUUGUGCUGCGUUUGACCGGCUGUCAAGCCAUUGACCAGUUAUGAAACUCAAAUCUUUUUUUUUUAUUUUGCAAUUUCUUGGUAGUGGAUUUGCGAUUAUGGAAUGAUCGUGUUGUAUUGAUGCUGCAAUAUUAGUUGCUUUAAGUCA